AUGGCCGCGUCCACCAUGUCCAUCUGCUCCAGCGCCUGCUCCGACUCCUGGCAGGUGGACGACUGCCCAGAGAGCUGCUGUGAGCCCUCCUGCUGCGCCCCCAGCUGCUGCGCCCCGGCCCCCUGCCUGACCCUGCUCUGCACUCCAGUGAGCUGUGUGUCCAGCCCCUGCUGCCAGGCGGCCUGUGAGCCCAGCGCCUGCCAAUCAGGCUGCACCAGCUCCUGCACACCCUCAUGCUGCCAGCAGUCUAGCUGCCAGCCGGCUUGCUGCACCUCCUCCCCCUGCCAGCAGGCCUGCUGUGUGCCCGUCUACUGCAAGCCCGUCUGUAACAAGCCUGUGUGCUUCGUGCCUACCUGCUCCGAGUCUUCCCCUUCAUGCUGCCAGCAGUCUAGCUGCCAGCCAACUUGCUGCACCUCCUCCUCCUGCCAGCAGGCCUGCUGUGUGCCUGUCUGCUCCAAGUCCGUCUGCUAUGUGCCUGUGUGCUCUGGGGCUUCCACUUCAUGCUGCCAGCAGUCUAGCUGCGUGAGCUGUGUGUCCAGCCCCUGCUGCCAGGCGGCCUGUGAGCCCAGCCCCUGCCAAUCAGGCUGUACCAGCUCCUGCACACCCUCGUGCUGCCAGCAGUCUAGCUGCCAGCCGGCUUGCUGCACCUCCUCCCCCUGCCAGCAGUCCUGCUGUGUGCCUAUGUGCUGCAAGACUGUCUGCUGCAAGCCUGUGUGCUGUGUGCCUGUCUGCUGUGGUGCUGCUUCUUCAUGCUGCCAGCAGUCUACCUGCCAGCCAGCUUGCUGUGCCUCUUCCUCCUGCCAGCGGGCCUGCUGUGUGCCCGUCUGCUGCAAGCCUGUGUGCUGUGUGUCCACCUGCUCUGAGGAUUCCUCUUCAUGCUGCCAGCAGUCUAGCUGCCAGCCGGCUUGCUGCACCUCCUCUUCCUACCAGCAGGCCUGCCGUGUGCCCAUCUGCUGCAAGACUGUGUACUGCAAGCCUAUCUGCUGUGUGCCCGUCUGUUCUGGGGCUUCCUCUUCAUGCUGCCAGCAGUCUAGCUGCCAGCCAGCUUGCUGCACCACCUCCUGCUGCAGACCCUCCUCCUCUGUGUCCCUCCUCUGCCGCCCCGUGUGCAGGUCCACCUGCUGUGUGCCCAUCUCCUCCUGCUGUGCCCCCACCUCCUCCUGCCAGUCCAGCUGCUGCUGCCCGGCCUCCUGCGUGUCCCUCCUCUGCCGCCCCGCAUGCUCCCGCCUGGCCUGCUACAGCCUCUGCUCAGGUGAGAAGUCCAGCUGCUGA